AUGAGCCAUUCGCUGUCGCCAACUAACAGGAAUUCUAUUUUCGGGUGGGUCAAGAACUUGAAGCGGGGCAGUCUUAUGUCCAGCGACAGUGUCAACGAUGUGCCCUCUGAUAGCGACGUGUUUCCCGUGGAAUCAAGAUCGCCUACGAAGUCGAUAAAUAACAGCCAGACCCAGGUGCACAGUCCGCAUUCGCAUCAGGAGUUUUUGAGGCCAAUACUACACCACAAGUCGAGGUCGACGAAUAAUUUGAACAGAGUGCGUUCGAACUCGUUUAAUCAAUCGGAAAAGAGUUCUAGUAUAAGACAGCACAGAGACUCAUUUUUACAACAUAAUCCCCUUGUGGAUGAAAACAGUAAAUACUUUGGCGUGUCCUUGGAGGAAGCUAUAAAACAGGCAUCAGCCAAAAUUUCAAUAUUGACAAAUGAAGACUCCGACCAUGUUCUACAAUAUGGGAAAAUCCCCAUUGUGGUAGCUAAGUGUGGGGUUUAUUUAAAAGCAAACGGUUUGAAUAUCGAAGGUAUAUUCAGAGUUGGGGGUUCCUCGAAAAGAGUAAAAGAGUUACAAUUGAUAUUUAAUUCCCCUCCAGACUUUGGAAAAAAAUUGAACUGGGAUGGCUAUACAGUUCACGAUGCCGCGUCAGUUUUAAGGAGAUACUUAAAUGCUUUACCGGAACCAUUAAUAACUUUGGAUUUAUAUGAAUCGUUUAGAGAACCAUUGAGAAAGAGACAAAGAAUAAUACACUAUAUGAAAUACAAAGCGGAAAAUCCAAACAAACCAUAUAAAAAGUCAACUACUGAUCUUUCGUUAAAUAAUGAUGAUAAAAGAACCAAUGCAAAUCCUGAGCUAUUGUCCUCAAAUGACUCUCAACCGCUAACAGAAACAAAUAUUGGGAGAUUCAAUAAAUCAAAUCUGUCUACCUCGCAAGGUUCACAGGACGUUUGGGAUUCAAAAAAUGCAUCGAAAAGUCCAUCUCCAUCGCAGCCUAACCCUCAGUCAAAUUCUCAAUCCCAAGCAGAUUUAAGUCAAGCUGCUAAUAGGAAUAACAUCGACGGUAAAAGCAAAGCUAAGAAGCUAAAGAAUUAUACGAAAUUAACCAAAGAUAUACAUGAUGCCAUUGAUGAAUAUAAGGCAAUGGUUGACAAUUUACCGAAUUUAUCGAAACAACUAUUAUUUUAUAUAUUAGAUUUAUUGGCAAUGGUGCAAAAUAACUCCAGUGAGAAUUUGAUGCCGUCUAGAAAUUUAGCGGCAAUAUUCCAACCAUCUAUUUUAUCGCAUCCAAGUCAUGAUAUGGAUCCGAUAGAAUAUGCAUUAUCCCAAUUGGUAGUUGAAUUUUUAAUUCAAUAUGCCUAUAUAUUGUUACCGAACCAGAAUCCGGCAAAACUGGGAACGUCCAGAUCGAAGCAAGUUUCUUCUACGUCAUUGGACAAGGCAGGCCAAACUGAUUGUGAAUCAAAGCAGUCACAUAUCCCAUCGCGAGAACAAUAUCAGCAGCAGCAAGAACGAAACCAGUUAUCUCAGCAAUCGGAAGAUGCUGCCAGUAAUUUGACAUCAACGAGUACAACCCCGUUAGGUAUGGAAUCCUCUUUAUUGAACAAACCUGCUUUCAAACGUUAUCAUAGCAAAUCCUUAUCGUCAUCAUCCAACCACGAAGACUUGGUUGGAUAUCAGAAUAAUGUCAAUUCGAAAUCUUUGUCUAUUGUGGAUUCAGACCAUGACUUCGAAAUCACUGACGAUGAAAAUGACGACGAUACACCGGAAGUGGACAUUAAAAACUCAGUAAUUAGCCCAGAUGAGUUUAAAUUUGUUACCGAUGGCAAUCAUGCUCUCGACGAAGCAAAUUUCACUCCCAAUGUUUCUAUUGUUGUUUCGACUCCACCGGUGACGGUAUCUAACACUAAAGUUGAGUGA